AUGUUUGACACCGGGCCCAUCUCCAACGUGUCAGUGUACCUACAACGCGGAGCGUGUCAUUGGCAAUGGUACUCCGCACACAUCGUGGAGACCAACGAGACGGUGGCCAUCAAGAAGGUCUUUGUGGAUCGGCGCUACCGGAAUCGAGAGCUGCAAGUGUGGCGGGAGAUGCACCAUCCCAACAUCGUGACCUUAAAGGCCCAACAGAAUUGA